AUCGAUGAACUUGGGUACCUAUACAAGAUGCUGAAUAAUAAGCUCGAGUAUUUUGAUAUGCUUCAUCGGUGUUCGUAUGUUAUAUGUUUUGGAAGUAAGUGAUGCUCGCGAAAUGAAUGUAUGCUUGGGAUUAGUUAUUUUCUUAUGGAAUUUUUUAUUCAGCCAUGCUCAACUGCUAAGAAGACCUUUUCAACGCGAAGUGCACAAGGAAUUACCGCCGAAGGUGCUCAAUAAUACAGCGGAUUACAUAGAACAUUACGGUUACACAGCAGAACAUCACAAUGUAAUAUCAGAAGACGGAUUUCUCAUUUCUGUAUUCAGAAUACCCAGCGAAGGGACGCCGAUUUUAUUACAACAUGGUUUGCUUCUCGCAUCAGACUCGUGGGUGUUACAAGGACCAGAAUACGAUUUGGCAUUCAUUCUAGCCGAUAAAGGUUACGAUGUCUGGAUAGCUGAUAAUAGAGGCAAUACUUAUUCAAGAGCACAUCUCAAAUUAUCACCGAAAAGCGCCAAGUUUUGGAAUUUUAGUUUUCACGAAAUGGGAUACUACGACAUGCCAGCAGUAAUCAACUACAUUUUACAUCUAACCAAACACAAAGCAGUAGAUAUCAUAGGGCAUUCGAUCGGAGCAACCAAUGCCCUGAUUAUGUGCUCCACAAGACCCGAAUAUAAUGAAAAAGUUCGUUCUGUCAUUGCCUUGGCUCCAGGUGUAUUUUUCAACAGCUCGUCUCAAUCAAACGUUCAACAAAUCUUGGCUCGUUAUGGUCCUUACUUAAAAUUCUUGCAUGUACAUCACGGAGUCAACGAAUUCUUUCCUAGAAAUGAUUUGUCUAAUAGAGCGUCUAGAAUUAUGUGUCGUAUCGAUUCUCCUUUAUACCAUUUAUGUUUAUUUUAUAUGCAAAAUGUUCUCGGCUUCACUAGUAUAACAAAGCAGCAUCAUAAACCUGCAAUCGACUACUCAAACGCAACACCACGAGGAGUAUCGUAUAAAACACUGUUACACGUGACGCAAUUCGGCCAGCUAGGAAAAUUUAUGCAAUUUGAUUACGGACCAAAAACAAAUAUCAUGGUGUACGGAACAAGAACCCCACCGGAAUACAAUUUAAGUCAAGUAACAGCACCGGUAGCUUUACUCUAUAGCGAUGGCGAUGUUCAUAUAGCUUCUCAAGAUGUAUCGCUUUUGCAAACCCAAUUACCAAAUGUCGUGGCCAGUUAUCGAAUAGAUAAGCAUUUAUUUAACCAUAUGGAUUUCAUUUGGGGUGGCGAUGCCAGAGAAACCGUCUAUGAUUUCAUAUUGGAAAUAUUCAACCAUUUAGACAACGAAAACAUCGAUUCGGAAACAUAAGCUGGCUAUGUUUUCAAUUUUUUAUGAUUGAAAAAGAUUUCAUCACUGGUUCCUCUCAUUAAAUCGUAUUCUCUUCAUGGUUUUAA